AUGAUGUCGGGAGUGUCAAAGGCUGCUCAGAGAGGAUUCGGGCUCAGGGAGCAUGGGGUUGGUUUCACCUUGGAAUACCUCACGCCUGAUAUUCAUGGCCAUGAACAAACUGUGCCUCGUCUGCUGCUCGACUCUGGCUGGGGUUCGUAUAUCUAUAUCAAGCGCUGCGCCGACCACAACAAACCUCGUCUCGAAGCCGUGCCCUACAUUUCUCUUCUCGAAUUCCUUCCCUUUUCUUCUGGUUUUGUGCUUGGAAGCCUUGUGAUUUUGGCUCAUAUAAGGACAGCUGGUUCUAUUAUUCCCCUGCUUGGUCAUUUUACCGUGCGUAGAAUACCGCGCAGCACCAAUCUCCCUCAGUGUUUGAUCAUGUCUUUGAGUUUUCCUGCAGCGGGUUAUUGCUCUCCCUUGCUGGAGAUACAGAGCAAGGAGAAGAAGCCUCGCUAUUCAAUGGCAGCACUACAAGUUAGAUGGCCCCUGCGCACCUCCCGUCCGACAAACGGGUCUCCCACGUCGAAGAAAUCGAAAGGCACCGCUACGAAGAAGAGGAAGAGCGAAUCAGCAGAUUCACCGAAAUCCAAAUCCACUGACUCUAUAGCUAUUAGCACAAGUACCAACUUGCAGUGUAAUAAAAUUGACAAAUUGGCGGCCGAUGCCCAGCUUUUACCUCUUCAUCCUGCUUUGAAUUCCACCCUUGAGUGGAGUAAGAAACAGGAUUCGCCCAAGUUUCCAGACGCAAAUGAAUUGGAAAUCGUACAAUUUCCCCAGGAGAUUUCGCCAAGGGUGCUUCCCCCCGAACGGCAGACAAGGAUAUUGAACUCUAUACAGGGUGAGCGAGGAUCCACAAAUAUGUACCCAGCAGGGAGUUCAUGUCCUAUAACUGCAGACCAGAGACAAGAUAGGUGUCCCAGCCUGCCCGAGGGUAGCGAGCUUAGCCCACCACCCAUACACCCUGGACGAAGUAGGCCAUACCGCAAAGCCCCCAAUGCUGACCUUCCCCAGGAAGUGUCUGCAAAAGCCACUACUGAGAAUGUAUCGCCAAUCCUGGGCUUGGUUUUUCAGAAAAAGGCUAUCCCAGCCACCCCUGGAUGUAUACAAUCUCUAGCCCCUUCGACAGUUGUUUCACCUUUGUCAAUCGAUAUGCCCCAGCCUCAGCGAGCUUUUGUUCCUCCCUCCUUUGACAAGCUCAUUCAAGUUGAAACGGACCCGCUUUUGGACGAGUCUGGAAAAAGUGGUAAUUCAACUACUUCUUCCGAGCUCGGUAGAAGUGUCUCUGCACCGAAUAGCCCAACCUCCUCAAGGUCUAGUAUAUACUCAGAUGACUUCCCCCAAAAAUCCGUUGCAGACGGAUGUUCUAGACACAACAAGGCUUAUUCGUUAAUAUCUCCCGUUACUGCUGGCGUGUUCGACGAUAACACUCGCCUGAAGAGGAAUCCUACGUUCAAGAACAAAAUCAGCCUCAGAAAGUUACGCAAUAAACCCUUGCCUCCAGAACCAGUGAUAGAAAUUACUCCACAGUCGAUCCGGCGUACCGUCGGACAAGCACCCAUGGGCAAUGCCUCCCAUUGCGGUCGGUUAAUCCAGCCGACAAGCAAACCGGUAUUCCUGCCACGAGACCCACGACCGUCUGACCUUGAUAUUUUGGAUGAGGCAUUCCGUCGUUCAGGUUUUUAUCAUGUGGAGCCCAGUAAACACGCCAAAUCGAAAUCAGGACGAGCUUCCGGCUCAAGCACAAUCUCUAGCUCUCCAUCUCUGCGCAUGGCUACCUUUGAGCUGGAAGAACAGCUCUCUACUCUGUCUCGGUCCACUAGAAAUAAUACCAGUUGGUUAAAUAUAGGUUGGAAUCGAUUUUCUCCUCUCGAGUUUCCUGCAGAUUGCGCACCUAAACCACUGAAACCACGCUCUCAUCGAACAAAACCUGGUCCACACUCAUCCGCGUCCCCGACUAAGAAGGCAUCUUCGCCUAAGAAGCGCAACGGUCAUUCUUCUUUCAGUUUUCCAGCCAAAAAGAGUUGGAGCGGUAAAAAGAAGGUUAAAGUGACACCGACGAUUAGUGAGUUAGUAGAGGCGGUUGAUAAGCGCCAACCAUUGCCCAGCCCGUUGCCGCAGGUUUGUGAGAAUGAUGAUAAUUUCGACUAUAGCAUGAGCUCCAGUAACAACAGCAGCGAUGAUGCGAAACCGACAGAAACGGUAAAUCGCGUGGUGACGUUAAGGAAGGGACGGGAAGAGAGUGUCCAGCGUAACCUUCGACUCAGCUUGCCCCGCCUACGAACCCAGCUCAGCGCCAAGUCGAUCAGGGGGCCUGUCAACCUCAGUGCAGUGGUGGAGUCCCCUACUGACCAAGAAAACCAUCCUGACAUCAACAACGAGACCAGUUCCAAGGAGCGCAUCAUGGCGGUCCUUAACAGGCUUGAUCCAGAGCAACCAGAAUCUCCUUAUAUCACUUGUUCCUUCCAUAAUAAAAAUAAUGAGGUGUUCGAGCUCGAGGACAGUGAGUUGUCCUCCGCCAGCGAACGUGUGGGGUCCAAAGACAUGCUUUGCGAACCCUUCCCCAGCGAGAUAGCGAAGAGUGUUAUCUAUCAGAUCAUGCAGAAAAUCGACAACCUUGAGGAUUUGUUUAAUCUCUCUGUCAUUAACAAGGCCUUCUACUCCGUCUUCAGAGAACAUUCAUUGACCCUAAUAAAGGAUACUUUGUUCCGCAUGUCCCCUGCUGCAUGGGAGCUGCGCGAGAUAUGCCCACCUUGGGAGACAGAGGGCGACGAAACAGGAGAUAUUGACAUGUCUGUGCCAGAAUACACACCGAAUUUAUACAUAAAUCAUUACACGCGAGACCUCUAUACCAUGGUUGCUUUAAAAUCCCUCAUCCUUGUACGCUGCGAGAACUUCCUACGCCCCGAUACCGCCAGAGCAUUGGCGGGAUUGGACGAGACUCGUUGCUUAGAGGUUGAUGAAGCGUUCUGGAGGGUCUGGACUUUCUGCAAGCUGUUUGGCUGUGGAAAGGGAAGAGAAGAUGAUAUCACUGCACAAGUCGACUGGCUCAAUGGUGGUCGACUUGCUGAAGAGGAAAACCGUGGUACUAACAUUCUUAUGCAAUAUCCCGUGGGGGUCCAUAGCGUUUUGUUCAACGCGCCGUCUGCUUUCAGCAAAGGCAACCAUGGAGGACUGUUGUCCACGGAACUCUACGACAUGAUGGAAAUUUGGACCUGCCUUGGUGUCCUUUUGCAGGUGUUUCAUGGGAAAUGCAAGGUGGCCCGGCAUUUUGGAGUCUUUGACGACUUGAAGGUGACAUCUGGUGAUGUUGUGAAGGAGGAAUCUCUGAUAGAAAGCUGGACUCAGUAUCUUCUAACCCUUGGACCAUCCGCUAUUCUCACCCUCACUAGCAUCAACCCUGAUGCACCGAUUGAGACAUUGUUUUCCAGAGCACAGGCCAAUGGGUGGACGAAAUGGAAAGCCCCAGAUUCAAGUAACGGCGGUGCACCAAGAUUAUUCUUGAAAGAAGCGGUUUCUCAAGUCUACGAAUCAAGAUUAGCAAGCAUGCAGACUCCCAUAUCGUCCAGGACGCCAAAUGCCAACUCACCGCCGCCACAUUCCCCUAGCCCCAUCGCAAGACACCGCGGGCACUCUCGCGAGAUCUCGUCAUCGUCUUCAGGCUCUUUGUCACCACAGUUUUCCAACCCCAACCGCCGACGUCAAGCCGGAUUUGCCGCUGAGCUACGUCGAAAGCGCAAAGAAUCCUACGGCCCCGUUCCCACUUCUGCACCCCCAGUACCAACCGUCACCCUCGAAUCACCCACGCCACCUUCAGGCCCAGAAAUCACUCAAGCAUUAUCAUCACGCUCCACCUUCCACUCUUCAUCGGCUCCCAAACAACACCAACGAACAUUCUCCACGCCCGAAACGGCUGCCGAAGAGAAGAUAUCUCGCGGCCGUUAUUCUACAUCUUCUUAUGUCCUUGACCCGGUUGAUAUUGCCAUGCACAAGAUGGUGAAGGAGCUAGGUUUCAACGAGGACGCUGCCAAAUGGGCCUUGAAAUGCACGGACACGGGCGAGUCAUUGGAUGUUGCGGCUGCGAUAAACUUGCUGCUAAAGGGUGGCGGCCAUGUGGACCCGCUUGCUAUGUCGGCGACAGUGACGCCGGGCACGGGCUAUAUGAAUAGUAGUUCUACUGUGGGCGGUGGCAUCGGCGACGGGAAUGAGGGCGUCAUUGGGACCUGUAUGUGUAGGAGUAAGACUAUGGAGACUGGUGGUGAGAAGGAGAAGGAUGUGUGGAGACCCAUGUGGAGAUGGGCGUGA